AGCAGAUCUGAAGGAAAGAACUGAUCAAACUCAACCACACAACUAUGGCUUCCGUGAUCCCAUCAUCCCACAAUACUGUAGUCAACGCAACUACAUCUUUCUCUACACAUCCCUUGCACAAGAGGUUGCAAAUCCCUGCAAUUAGUAGCCGAAGAUAUCUCUCAUCAUCAGCUCGCAAGGUUUCCUGUAAAUCUAAAAAUAAUGAGGAACAUUCCUCACUGAGACUUGACCGGAGAGAUGUGUUGAUUGGCAUUGGUGGGCUUUAUGGUUCAACCAGCUUAUCCAAUGCUGAUCCUCUAGCCAUGGCAGCUCCAAUUAUGCCUCCAGACCUCUCCAAGUGUGGUCCACCAGACUUACCAGCAGGUGCAAAGCCCACCAACUGCUGCCCACCGAAUUCGUCAAAGAUCAUAGAUUUCAAGCUUCCACCACCAUCCUCACCCAUGCGGGUCAGGCAAGCAGCUCACUUGGUGAACGGUGAGUACAUUGCCAAGUACUCUAAGGCCAUAGAACUCAUGAAGGCUCUCCCAAGCGACGACCCACGUUGCUUCACCCAACAAGCCAACAUUCACUGUGCCUACUGUGAUGGUGCUUAUGAUCAGAUUGGCUUCCCAGGCUUGGAGAUCGAAGUACACAGUUCAUGGCUCUUCUUCCCUUGGCAUAGAUAUUAUCUCUACUUCUUUGAGAAGAUUUGUGGAAAGCUUAUCAAUGAUCCCACCUUUGCCUUACCCUUCUGGAAUUAUGAUUCUCCUGAAGGCAUGCAGAUUCCUAAGAUUUAUACUAACCCCAGAUCACCUCUCUAUGAUGAGCUUCGUGAUCCUAAGCACCAACCUCCUACGGUGAUUGAUCUAGAUUACAACGGUGUUGAUCCCAAUACGACUCCUCAGCAACAAAUUGAAAGCAAUCUCUUCAUCAUGUAUCGCCAGAUGGUGUCCAAUGCAAAGACCACACAGCUGUUCCUUGGGGCUCCCUAUAGGGCGGGGGAUCAACCGAAUCCUGGAGCUGGUUCGAUUGAGAGCGAGCCCCAUAAUACUGUUCACUUAUGGACUGGUGACCGGAGACAGCCCAAUCGUGAAAAUAUGGGUAGUUUCUACUCGGCCGGUCGUGAUCCCAUCUUCUAUGCUCACCAUUCCAAUAUCGACAGGUUUUGGACGAUAUGGAAAGGACUGGGAGGAAAGAGAAAGGAUUACACUGAUCCGGACUGGUUGAACUCAGGGUUUCUCUUUUACGAUGAGAACGCUCAGCUGACAAGAGUUAAGAUUCAAGAUAGUUUAGAUGAGAAGAAGUUAAGGUACAGGUACCAGGAGGUAGACCUUCCAUGGCUCAAAAUUCGGCCAACACCUCGUAAAGCUAGAGUCACGCCGCCGACGGCAGGCGAUAGUGGUGGUCAGUUCCCAAGAGCUCUUGACUCGGUGGUGAAGACAGUGGUGAAGAGACCAAAGAAAUCAAGAAACAGUAAAGAGAAGGAAGAAGAAGAGGAAGUGUUGGUGAUCUACGGGAUAGAGUUUGAUAGAAAUGUGUUUGUGAAGUUUGAUGUGUUUAUUAACGAAGAUGACGAGACGGCAUCAGGGCCUACAUAUAGUGAGUUUGCAGGGAGCUUCGUUCAUGUGCCACACAAGCAUCAGAUGAAGAUGAAAACCAAGACGACCCUGAGGUUAGGGAUAACAGAUUUACUGGAGGACUUGAUGGCUGAAGAUGAUGAUACAGUGGUUGUGACUUUGGUCCCACGACAAGGGAAAGAUGUCCUUUACAUCGGAGGGCUAAAGAUAGAGUUUAGCUCUUAAAUUUGAAUCUUUUGUUCGAGCCUUCAAGGCCACCCAAUUCUGUUAAUCUUAUCCCUGUUGCAAUCACUUUGAAGCGAAGAUUAUCACUUGUUUAUCUUUAUGCAUGAAUGAAUUAUAUAAAUGGGUUUGUGCAA